AUGGCCACCACAAACAAUGACUCCCCCGGAAAUGCCUACUACCCAAAUAGCCCCCCAAUGCGAAGGCCAGGCCUGAAAUUCAUUUACCGCCUCGAGUGCACCAUCGCCUCGGAAGAAAUCAAUAUCGGUGCCCCCAACGGAACGGGCGUAUUUCGGAGCAUCGCGAACAUAACAGGCGGUACAUUCAAGGGGCCGAACCUUGAAGGAACCGUUCUUCCUCUGGGUGGUGCAGACUGGGCGACUGUUAUCGAGGGCACGCAUGUAUGUCGCCUUUCCCGAUCUUCCCCGGCCCGUAUCGAUAUAGAGACCGUGCCACUAACAACAUCAAAGUCCAUGACCCUCGACGCACGAUACACCAUCAAGACAGUCGAUGACCACUAUCUCUUCGUGCAAGCGCACGGUCUCUACCGCCCCGGCCCGGGAACACAAUAUGCCAAACAGGUAGCCGAGAACCCAGCCAUGAGACCACCGCCGACAGUUACACAAGAUGACGUCGAGUUCUUCUCACAUCUACGGAUCGAGGCUGCGGGGAAAUAUAACUGGUUGAAUGGACUGGUUUGUGUUGGGGUGAUGAGUUGCGAGGAUGAGCGUAUCAUUAUCGAUGCGUAUUAUUUGACGAAUUUUGUUAGUAUGAAGCCGGAAGAUGUCAUGAUGAGACGGGAGAAUUCAUAG